AGGAAGAAAGUAAAGGCCUCACUCAUGGUGUUACACUUUUUCAUUUUUCUACAACGCGUAGUGAAAAGGGAACUAUUGGAGAGAAAGUCGUUAAAGGUUAAUUACAGAGAUCAAGAAAGAGAGGUCCACAUGCCUUAAAAAGAUGUGUUUUUAUGUACGAGGAGGGUACUCCCACAUUCUAAGAACGUAAAAUAACACAUACAUAGCUAUGGCUUCUUCUUCUUCUUCCUCUUCCUCUCAUGCUGCUACCGUACCCCUGAAAAAAUAUGAUGUUUUCAUCAGCUUUAGAGGCGAUGACACUCGCGCUGGUUUCACAAGCCAUCUUUACACUGCUCUAUGCCAAUCCUAUAUCAAUACCUACAUAGAUUAUAGGAUCGAGAAAGGAGAUGAAGUUUGGUCAGAACUUGUUAAAGCAAUCAAAGAAUCCACUCUGUUUCUUGUUGUGUUCUCAGAGAACUAUGCAUCUUCAACAUGGUGUUUGAACGAACUCGUUCAAAUAAUGGAGUGUGGUAACAAAAAUGAGGAUGACAACGUUGUUGUCAUUCCUGUUUUUUACCAUGUUGACCCUUCACACGUGCGGAAACAAACAGGGUAUUACGGCGCUGCACUGGCAAAACACAGGGAGCAAGGCAACAAUGAUGAUAAGAUGAUACAAAAUUGGAAGAAUGUUCUUUUUCAAGCAGCUAAUUUGUCUGGUUUUCAUUCAACCACAUACAGGUUUUUUAAUCUUUGCAUUAAUUAA